AGGGCAAUCGUUGGUUCUCCGAAGUUACACACCACAUCCGAUGUAUUUUACCCAAAAAUAAUGUAAUAAUUAUAUUUAUACUGGCCGUUGAUUCCAAAGAAACUUAUUCCAUAUACAUUUUUGAAGUGGAAAUAGGUGAAGGUAAAAUUAUCGGUGUUCCCCGUCGUCUCCUUGACCUUCAGUGGGUGUGUUUGUAUUCUAUGAUUAGUUUACAGCCGGAGUAGAUGUGUCACUCAACGGUCAGUUCUUUCUUUGGUUGCUAAAUUUAUAGUUUGGUUGGAUAUAUAACCUGUUCUGUUGUGUUUGUUCUGAUCUCUGCACCGAUAUUUGAGAUGGAUAACGACUUUGAUAUUGGGCUCGGAGUAUACGACGAUGAUGAACACGAACACCCAAUUGAUGAGGAGGAGGUGGAGGAGGAAUUGGUACCAACUGGAACUGGUGGUGAUGGUGAAUUAAUAUAUUUUCCUGAGGGUGACCUCUUAGAUCUAGAACCUUACGAGGGCAUGGAAUUCGAGUCUGAGGAGGCUGCCAAAGCCUUCUAUAAUUCGUACGCUCGUCGUGUUGGGUUCAGUACUCGCGUCAGCUCAUCCCGCCGUUCCAGGCGCGAUGGGGCUAUUAUACAGAGACAAUUUGUUUGCGCCAAGGAGGGUUUCCGCAACUUGAAUGAGAAGCGCACCAAGGAUAGAGAGAUCAAGCGCCCACGAACAAUUACCAGAGUUGGAUGCAAAGCUUCCUUGUCUGUUAAAAUGCAAGAUUCCGGAAAGUGGAUUGUUUCCGGGUUUGUUAGAGAACAUAAUCACGAGCUGGUUCCACCAGACCAGGUGCAUUCUCUUCGCUCUCACAGGCAAAUAUCAGGAGCUGCCAAGACCCUCAUUGAUACUUUACAGGCAGCUGGGAUGGGUCCUCGUAGAAUUAUGUCUGCACUCAUCAAAGAGUAUGGUGGGAUUAGCAAAGUGGGCUUUACUGAGGUUGACUGUAGGAAUUACAUGAGGAAUAAUCGCCAGAGAAGUUUAGAAGGGGACAUUCAACUUGUUCUCGAUUAUUUGCGACAACUGCAUGCUGAGAACCCUAAUUUCUUCUAUGCUGUGCAAGGUGAUGAGGAUCCCUCCAGAAGCAAUAUUUUCUGGUCUGAUCCCAAGGCAAAGAUGAAUUAUACAUUUUUUGGCGAUACCGUAACUUUUGACACUACUUACCGAUCUAAUAGGUAUCGCUUACCAUUUGCUCCCUUUACUGGUGUAAAUCAUCAUGGACAACCUGUUCUCUUUGGUUGUGCUUUCAUAAUUAAUGAAUCUGAGGCAUCAUUUGUAUGGCUUUUCAACACAUGGCUUAUGGCCAUGUCUGGCCGCCCACCAGUGUCAAUUACAACUGAUCAUGAUUCUAUAAUUCGCUCAGCCAUAAUGCAAGUAUUCCCUGAGACCCGCCACCGUUUCUGCAAGUGGCACAUCUUUAAAAAAUGUCAGGAGAAAUUAUCUCACGUUUUCCUCAAAUAUCCAAAUUUUGAAGCUGAAUUUCACAAAUGUGUUAACUUGACUGAGUCCACUGAGGAAUUUGAGUCAUGCUGGUUAACACUCAUAGAUAGGUAUGAUCUCAGGGAUCAUGAAUGGCUUCAAGCAUUAUAUUCUUCUUGCAGACAGUGGGCACCUGUGUAUUUGCGAGACACAUUCUUUGCAGAAAUGUCCAUCACUCAGCGAAGCGAUAGCAUGAAUUCUUACUUUGAUGGGUAUGUAAACGCCUCAACCAACUUAAAUCAGUUCUUUAAGCUGUAUGAGAAAGCACUUGAAAGUCGCAAUGAGAAAGAAGUGAGAGCAGAUUAUGACACAAUGAAUACUUUGCCGGUAUUGAGGACCCCAUCUCCAAUGGAGAAGCAGGCAUCUGAGCUUUACACGAGAAAAAUUUUCAUGAGAUUUCAAGAGGAGUUAGUUGGGACACUAACAUUCAUGGCAUCCAAAGCUGAUGAUGAUGGGGAGGUCAUUACAUAUCAUGUAGCUAAAUUUGGAGAGGACCAUAAAGCAUACUAUGUUAAAUUCAAUGUUUUGGAAAUGAAAGCGAGUUGUAGUUGUCAAAUGUUUGAGUUUUCAGGCCUUCUUUGCAGACAUAUUUUGGCAGUCUUUAGAGUUACCAAUGUCCUUACUCUACCAUCACAUUAUAUUUUGAAACGUUGGACAAGAAAUGCCAAGAGCAAUGUAAUACUAGAAGAACAUUCUUGUGAUGUACAUACAUACUAUUUGGAAUCUCAUACAGUUAGAUAUAAUACUCUACGACAUGAGGCCUUUAAAUUUGUUGAUAAAGGUGCAAGGUCUCCUGAAACUUAUGAUGUUGCAAUGGAUGGUUUACAACAAGCUGCAAAAAGAGUUGCUCAGGUAGUGCAAAAUGAGGGGAGAAUUCCCAUCAGCAUUGGAAAGGCUAGGAGUCUCAUGCUGAAUGAUAAAAGUCAUGCUGAUUACACAAGUGGACACCAGGAAGAAAGCUUGGGUCAGGAUAUGUCUCAGGAUGAUAUGGAUAAGCAUAUCAAGAAACUUAUGAAUGAGCUUGAGUGUGCAAUUCGGAAGUGUGAAAUUUACCGGUCCAAUCUUCUCUCGGCUUUAAAAGCAGUUGAGGAUCACAAGCUCGAGUUGUCAAUUAAGGUGGAAAACAUCAAGAUAAACAUGAAGGAGGGCAUCUGGUGACUCUGGAGAGGUACAUAGAAAGAUAUAGGAAAAAUGAAAAUGAUACAUAUUUUCUUUUCUGGCAAUCUAUCACGCUUCAAUAACGCUCCUUUGAGUUGACAUUUAGCUUAGUUGAUGUAUAGUCUUCUGAAAUUUUGUCUUCUCGCCUUUCGGUUAUAAAAAGUGCUUUGCUGUGUUUAUUAUAUCAAA